AUGGAUCUCGAUCUGAUUGUGCGUAACGGCACCGUAGUCACCGCCUCUGACAUUUGGACUGACUGCGACAUUGGAAUUAAGAAUGGAAGCAUAGUGGCGGUGGCCCGCGGGCUUCCUGCCACCGAUGGGGUCGAGAUCCUGGAUGCUGAGGGGGCAUACAUUACGCCCGGCGGCAUCGACACGCACGUGCACCUGAGCCAACUGUACGAGGCGUCCGUAGGCGGGCUCAUGAAGACGCAGAUCACCAACGGCCAGAUCCCAGAUCUGGCCAACUAUACCAACGACACGUACGACACGGGGACACGCAGCGCGGUGGCCGGCGGUACUACCACGGUCAUCACCUUCGCCAGCCAGCUGCGCGACGACGAGAGCCUGGUGCCGGUGCUGGAGGAAUACUACAAGCUGGCCGACGGACAGUCUUACUGCGACUACGCUUUCCACAUGAUCCUGUCGAAUCCCACCAAACACGUCCUCGAACACGACCUUCCCAUGAUGGUGGAGAAGUACGGCAUCACCAGUGUCAAGAUCUACAUGACCUACAAAGCCUUCCAGUUGAGGGACUAUCAGAUCCUGGACGUCAUGCACGCGGCGAGGAAGCUGGGCAUCACCACAAUGGUCCACGCCGAGAACGCAGAUGUGAUAGACUGGAUGACGGAACAUUUGGAAGAGCAAGGCAUGACCGCUCCGUAUCAUCAUGGAACGUCGAGACCGCCGAUUGUGGAAGCGGAAGCCACGAAUCGAGCAAUUGUUCUCUCGGAGCUCAUGGACACGCCCAUCCUGCUCGUGCACAUCUCAGGCGGCCAGGCAACACGGGUGAUCCACGACGCCAAGUCCCGCCUCCUGCCGGUGCACGGCGAAACCUGUCCGCAGUACCUCUUCCUGCUGGCCGAAAGCAUGAAAAAGGCGGGCUUUGAGGGUGCGAAAUGUGUGUGCUCGCCUCCGAUCCGCGAAGAGGCGGCCGACCAAGACGCCAUCUGGACGGGGCUGGCCAACGGCACCUUUACCACCCUGUCCUCGGACCACGCGCCGAUCAAGUUCGACCAUCCUGGCGGCAAAUUGCUCGGUCUCUCACACGGAGGUGGCCCCCAGGGCAAGUUCCAGUACAUCCCCAAUGGGCUGCCGGGAGUGGAAACGCGGGUACCUCUGCUCUGGUCGGGAGGCGUGCUAACGGGCCGCAUCACGCCGCAGAAGUUCGUCGAGGUCACGGCCACGAACCCGGCCAAGCUGUACGGCUUGACGAACAAGGGCACCAUCGGCCCGGGCUUCGACGCCGACCUGACCAUUUGGUACCCGCAAGAGACGUUCAAGCCGUUCAAGCUGACCAAUGAAAUGCUGCACCAUGCCAUCGACUACACCCCUUUCGAGGGCGUCGAGUUCAAAAACUGGCCCAGGUACACGCUGGUCAGGGGUAAGGUGGUCUUCAAAGAGGGCAAGGUGGUGGGAGACCUGGGCUACGGCCAAUAUCAAAAGCGGACCAAAAGUACCUUGGCUGGACCGAGAAAUCGUUUUUUGAGCGAAUGGAGACCUAAGCCCUAG